GAGUUUUUAAACUUAUGGCUACCAGAUGGCACUUUCCUGAAAAAUGUCGGGUAUAGUGAGAAGUGUUUGUAUUAAGUGCACUGAACAGCUGUUGAAAUCCACUACAGUCUCAAACUUCUCUUAUCAGUGGACCUCCUUGUUUAGUCCAUUGCAUCGUAGGUUAUCUGCUGAAACACAGUUAAUAACAGAUCCUGUAGAAAAACAUGAAGGAGUACAGCAACCAGUUGUGAUUGAUCCCUUGAAACAUCCAGAUUUUUUUGAAGUUCACAAGUUGUUUACUGUUAAAGAUUUAUUUGAUGCAAGAGUUCACCUAGGGCACAAAGAGGGAACACUUGAUGAAAACAUGAAACCAUUUAUUUUUGGUUCUCGUCUGGGUAACUUAGUCAUCGACUUGGACCAGACAGCAUUCUAUCUACGACAAGCUCUGAACUUCAUUGCCCAUAUUGCGUAUUGUGAUGGGAUCAUUUUAUUUGUUACCCGCCACAGACAGACUUCACAGUUUGUUGAAAAAACAGCCAAAGAAUGUGGAGAAUUUGCACACACCAGAUACUGGAGAGGAGGAAUCUUUACAAAUGCCAACAUGCAGUUUGGCACUAUCACUCGUUUACCUGACCUUGUGAUUUUUCUGAACACUUUAAACAAUGUUUUUGAGCCACAUGUAGCAGUGAGGGAUUCUGCUAAGAUGCUCAUCCCGACAGUGGGGAUUGUUGACACCAACUGCAAUCCUAACCUGAUAACUUAUCCAGUACCAGGAAAUGAUGAUACACCUUGUGCUGUUGAACUUUAUUGUAAACUCUUUAAACAAGCCAUAUUAAAAGGGAAAUCGAAACGGAAAGUAAUGGAACAAGAAGAGUAAUCAUAAGAUCCCGUAAUAAGUUGUAAGAUUGAUGUAAAAUAGGUAAUAAUAGGAGAACUUGCUUACCUUUAAUUAAAUAAAAUAUACCACAAAUCAUAAACAUACCUCAUAAAAAACAUGUCCCAUAUAUGAGAGUAUUUUAUGUAAGAGUUAAACAUUCAGUUUCUUUACCUGGAUUCUAUGACUUAAUAAGACAUAAUUUACAGUGACAAUAAAUCUGAGUUUGAACAGUGUAGUAUGUAUGUGUAAGAAAAUGCAUAUAUUUACAGCUAACAUUUAUUUUAUGACCAGAAAAUAAGUUUGAAAUCACAUUUUUUGAUGUAUGUACUAAUGAUAUUUACAUGAAAAAGUAAAUGUGUUUGCAGUGUCAAUGUAGACACUUGUACAGGUAUAAUAUAAUUCUCUAUUUAGCCAUAGUGUGA